UGGCUGUCUUAGAACUCACUCUGUAGACCAGGUUGGCCUUGAACUCAGAAAUCCACCUGCCUCUGCCUCCCAAGUGCUGGGAUUAAAAGCAUGCGUUACUUUCCUACCUCCCAGCCUUCCUUGCAAUUUUUAAAUUCUUAAAUUUUAUCCCUUUCUGUUUCCUGGUCAACUGCUAUUUCAGGACUGCGUUGGAGUUUCUGGAAGCCCUGAGACUGACCUUGAGGCUGCGUUUACAGAACGAGUGGAGAUGAGAUGAGGGUAGCAGAGGCUGAGGAGAGUCAGGUCCAGUACAAUGUGACUCAGAACUUGAUGGAUGGUGCCAGAAAAAGCUAAUGUGACUCCUGAGAGUAUGAAGACUCUCAGGGAACAGAGUGGAAAUAGAUGGUAGGGGAGUUGUUAAAGUGUCGACAACCAGAAUCCUCAGCUGUGCACGCGACUACAAUCCCAAUUCUUGGGAGGCUGAGGCAGGGGGAUCAAGAGUUCAAGGCUGGCAUGGGGCACACAGUGAGAACCUGCCACAAAAAAAUAAGAGAAGGGGGCUGGCGAGAUGGCUCAGAGGGUAAGAGCACUGACUGCUCUUCCAAAGGUCCUGUGUUUAAAUUCCAGCAACCACAUGGUGGUUCACAAACAUCUGUUAUGAAAUCUGAUGCUCUCUUCUGGUGAGUCUUAAGUCAGCUACAGUGUACUUACAUAUAAUAAUAAAUAAAUCUUAAAAAAGAAAGAAAAAAGAAAGAAGAAAAGGGAGGGCAACAUACAAUAAUAAAAGUUAAAAUAAAUUAAGAAGUCAUCUGCUGCUUCUGUCACUGCUUGCCCCAUGGGUUGUAACUAUGGAGACUGAGCCUGGAUGUCUACUGGGAAAGAAAUGGGAGAGCUUGAGAAGGAAGUGGAGGAGACACUCAAGAAAGGGGCUUAUCCCCACCAGCACAGGUGGGACUGUCUCUCCAGUGAGGCUCAGGUAGCUCUUGCUGCCAGUGCUGGUGGAGGUUUACAUUGUUGCAGAGUUCCAUGCUACCUGAUGUAGGACAGCAACAGACCUUAGGGCUUCCCCAACCUAAAAGGUUCCGCUAGUAGGCUGUGUUAGUUGAUAUACAAAAUCUUCCCUCUUCCAAGUUGGGAAGUUUUUAUUUUAUUUCAGUUACUUUUUGUUUUUGACAGGGUCUUGCUAUGUAUCCUGAACAGCCUGGGACACACAGAGAUCUGCCUCCUGAGGGCUGGGAUAAAAGCACAUAUCCCAUCACCUGGGAGACAAGGGCAGACAGAUCUCUUGAGAGUUCCAGGGUAUCCUAGGUUACAUAGCAAUAAAGGGUGUGGGGGAAGGGGAUAGAAGGAUUAGAGAGAUGGAUCAGCUGUUGAGAAUGCUUGAUGUUCCUAAAAGGAAACCAGGUUUAUUCUCAGCACCCAUAUAGUAACACACAACAGCCUGUAAUCACAGUCCUAGGAUAUAUGACACCCUCUUCUGGCCUCUGAAGGUACCACCUGUGUAUGCAGUACACAAAUAUACACACAGAGAAAAUUCUCAUACACAUAAAAUAAGAGUAAAUAAAAUGGAGAGUUAAGACCACUGGAGGCUACAGGAUGAGACUAGCCACAACCACAAGGAGCAGCACUGGGCACCAGCUGCUUAAAAAUUGUAUCUGACUAGCAAUCCCAGCAUUCAACACAAUGAGCCCAUAUGCCUUACCUAAGACAAGCAAAGAGAGUGGCAUCUAGACAGGACAAACUCAGCUAAAACCACUUAUCACACAGCCUGAGUGACCUGGAUAUGGCCCAAGGAGGGCAUCAGAGCAGAACAGAAAGAAGUAUGUCCUUGGAGAUCAAUGGUCCUUUGUCUCUACCAAGUCUUAACUGAGUGGAGCAAGUGGUGGCUGUACCAGGCCCUGUCUCAAUUUUUUUUUUUUUUGAGACAGGGUUUCUCUGUGUAGCCCUGGCUGUCCCAGAACUCACUCUGUAGACCAGGCUGGCCUUGAACUCAGAAAUCCGCCUGCCUCUGCCUCCUGAGUGCUGGGAUUAAAGGCGUGCACCACCACGCCCGGACCCUGUCUCAAUUUUAAAAACAGAUUUCAAAUUCAAAUGCUCAUAGGGAACAACGGCAGCAGGCGGUAAAUGGAGAGUGUGGGUCCUGCUUGCCUAACACGUCAAUGAAACUCAAGAGGUCUUUUUUUUGUUUUUCGAGACAGGGUUUCUCUGUAUAGCCACAACUGUCCUGGAACUCACUCUAUAGACCAAGCUGGCCUCGAACUCAAGAAAUGCACCUGCCUCUGCCUCCCAAGUGCUGGGAUUAAAGGCAUGUGCCACCACUGCCUGGCUUGAAGGGGUUUUCCUUAAAGAUUUUCUUUUCUUUUUUUUUUUUUUUAAGAUUUUAUUUUCAAUCAUCCAUGUGUCUGUCUGUGUGAGUUGAUGCCAAGUUUGUAGGUACCUAUAAAAAACAGAGGCAGUAAACCCUCUGGCGCUUGAGUUGCAGGCAAUUAUGAGCUGUCUGACAUGGGUUCUGGGAAUUGAACCCAGGUUCUCUGGAAAACAAUACACAUUUGUCAUGGUUUGAAUAUGCUUGGCCCAGGGAGUGGCACUAUUUGGAGGUGUGGCCUUGUUGGAAUAGGUGGAAUAGUCACUGUGGGUGUGGGCUUUAAGACCCUCACCCUAGCUGCCUGGAAGUCAGUUUUCCACUAGCAACCUACAUGGUAUGCAUAAUGCACUCAAGCACACACAUGCCUACGAUAAAAUUUAAAAAUCUGGGAGCUGGAGAGAUGGCUCAGUUCCAGAGGACUUGGCUUUGAUUCUCAGCAACACAAUUGCAUGGCUUCUUAUCACUGUUAACUCCAGUCCCUGGGACCGGAUACCUGCUUCUGGCCUUCAAGACCAACACACAUACACACACACACACACUCUACACCAACAUACCUGCAAGGCAAACCACCCACACAUACAUUUUUAUUUUGUACACUGCUACCAAAUGACCUAUUUAUCUUUCCCCUGCUCCUAUACUUUUUAGGAAGUGUAUGCCGACUCUCACCUGACCCACUGGCCUCAGACUAAAUAUUUGAGGAUGACUUUAAAUUAAUUCCAUUUUUCCGCUUAUGAUGGGUUAUUAAUCUGAAGUGUAGAUUUGGACUCAUCUGUACUGCUAUAUUCAAUUUCUUAGUGUCUACCCAAUCCUAGAUUUAAUUUUUGGAUUAUGUUAUCAAUAAAGGGAUUUUAGGUUAACAUUCCAUGACAAAGUCUGGCUGUGCUGAUUUAUGUCUGAAUCAUAGCACUCAGAAGGCAGACAGAUCUCUGUGAGUUUUAAGACCACCAUGGUAUACACAAGGAGUUAAAAGCCAGCUACAGCUAUAGAGUGAGGAUUUCAGGCUCCAAUCAAGCUCCAUUUUUUCGUAUGUCCUGUCAGAUCCAUUUCGUCUGUAUAGAAAUCCAUUUUCCUGCCCUCUGUGUUUUACCAAGUACCUUUGCUCAAAUUAUAUAAAUCUUCCACUAGCUUGAGCUUUGAGUGGCUUAGUUACCCAAAGCAUGGACUUUUCCAUCAACUUUUCCUUUUGAAACAGGGUCUGCCCAGCUGACCUGAUAUUUAUUAUACAAUGCAGGAUAGCCUCAAACUUUUGAUCCUCCUACCUUCCCUUCCUAGUACUGGAAUUAAAGUUCUGAAGCACCAUAGCUGCCCUAAUUUUGAAUGAGGGCUGCCUUAAUAGGCAAGCACUAUACCACGGUUUUCUAACCGUGUCUUGCUAUGCAGCUGGAUUCUGUAAUAUACUCUUAGUCAGUCUGGCUUUCAGACGGCUUGUAUUGCUACUGUUCAGGGGGUCGCUCUCCCUGAAAGAAUCACUGAAUUUCAAUUUAGAAUUGGGCACAUUUGUUGGGAUGCACAUAUGCUCAGAAUAGUCAUUCUGACGCUCAUUAAUAUUUUAAAGCAGUUAAGAUGGAGAGCAGCACCUUUAAAAACCCACCUGCCUUAAGUUACCUGUACUAGGUUUUUCCAGUCCUAGGGAUUUUUUUUUUUCUCUUGCUCCCGAGACUCCGCCCACCGGUCACCCAGUGGCGGAAGAACCUCACGCUACGACGUGACACCUCACACCACCGCGGAGACUUUCUGACGUUACGCUGGCGGCGUGGGAGGGGCGGGUCCGCCGGCACUUCCCCUUCCCGGCUUUGGCCCCGCCCACCCUCGUUGUGAAGCAACCGCGGCCGCCAGCAUUUAAGGUGGCUCAGAACCUAGAGGUGCGCUAAGCGCCUGCGCGGCUCCUUUUCCGCCCCAGGGGCUAGGCCGGUCGGAGCCACGGCUCGAGCCUCUCCUCUGUUCCGGAACUAACCGCCUGGCGGCGCUCCCCGCGCCCCUCCCCCGCCGGCGCUUCCGCCCGCGCUCCUCCCUCUCCUUCUCCAGCGACGCGCACGCGCGCCAGGCCGGCUCGCGCCCUCUCGCUGUCCACCGGCCCGCGAGAUCCCCCCUCCCCUUCCGCCUCGCGGCGCUUCCUCGCGCCGCCGUCUUCUCGAUCCACCCCUGACACCGCGGGGCUCCCCCCGCCCGCCAACGGCGGGUCCCCUGCUUGGCGAUCUCUUUCGCUUCCCGCGCUCUCCAGCAGGGGCCCGGCCCCAGGCCCUCUUUCCCUUCCCUCUUAUUUCUCUUCCGGACGCUGCCAUCAUGUUGAAGCCUCAGCCGCCACAACAGACCUCCCAACCCCAGCAGCCGCCCCCCACGCAACAGGCCGUGGCUCGCCGGUCUCCCGGCGGGACCAGCCCUCCCAACGGCGGCCUCCCGGGACCGCUGACCGCCACCGCGGCUCCCCCGGGGCCUCCCGCAGCGGUCUCUCCGUGCCUGGGGCCUGCAGCCGCUGCCGGCAGCGGACUUCGCCGCGGAGCCGAAAGCAUCUUAGCGGCGUCAGCGCCGCCGCAGCAUCAAGAAAGGCCAGGGGCAGUGGCUAUCGGCAGCGUCAGGGGACAGACCACCGGAAAGGGACCCCCACAGUCACCCGUGUUUGAAGGUGUCUAUAACAAUUCCAGGAUGCUGCAUUUCCUGACAGCUGUAGUGGGUUCUACUUGUGACGUAAAGGUGAAAAAUGGCACCACUUACGAGGGCAUUUUCAAGACUCUGAGCUCAAAGUUUGAACUGGCAGUUGACGCGGUGCAUCGGAAAGCAUCUGAGCCAGCAGGUGGGCCUCGCCGGGAAGACAUUGUGGACACCAUGGUGUUUAAACCAAGCGACGUUCUGCUUGUCCACUUCCGAAAUGUUGACUUCAAUUAUGCUACUAAAGAUAAGUUCACUGACUCAGCCAUUGCCAUGAACUCUAAGGUGAAUGGAGAACACAAAGAGAAGGUGCUUCAACGUUGGGAGGGCGGUGACAGCAACAGUGACGACUACGAUCUGGAAUCCGAUAUGUCUAAUGGAUGGGAUCCCAAUGAGAUGUUCAAAUUUAAUGAGGAGAACUAUGGAGUGAAGACCACCUAUGACAGCAGUCUAUCUUCUUACACGGUUCCCUUAGAAAAGGACAACUCUGAAGAGUUUCGGCAGCGGGAGCUUCGAGCGGCCCAGUUGGCUCGAGAGAUUGAGUCUAGUCCCCAGUACCGCCUACGGAUUGCUAUGGAAAAUGACGAUGGGAGAACAGAGGAGGAGAAGCACAGUGCUGUUCAGCGGCAGGGGUCUGGGCGGGAGAGCCCCAGCUUGGUAUCCAGGGAGGGGAAGUAUAUCCCCCUGCCUCAGCGAGUUCGAGAAGGUCCCCGGGGAGGAGUUCGAUGCAGCAGUUCUCGAGGAGGGCGCCCUGGCCUUAGCUCUUUGCCACCUCGUGGCCCUCACCAUCUUGACAACAGCAGUCCUGGCCCUGGGUCUGAGGCACGUGGUAUCAAUGGAGGUCCUUCCCGCAUGUCCCCCAAGGCACAGCGGCCUCUGAGAGGUGCCAAGACCUUAUCUUCACCCAGCAAUAGGCCUUCUGGAGAAGCUUCUGUUCCUCCAACAUCUGCAGCUCUCCCUUUUCUUCCAGUGGGCCGGAUGUACCCUCCACGGUCUCCCAAGUCUGCUGCCCCUGCCCCAGUCUCAGCUUCCUGUCCUGAGCCUCCCAUUGGUUCGGCAGUGGCGUCCUCUGCCUCCAUCCCUGUGACAUCAUCAGUUGUGGAUCCUGGUGCAGGCUCUAUUUCCCCGGCAUCUCCAAAACUCUCCCUGACCCCUACAGAUGUAAAAGAACUCCCAACCAAGGAGCCCAGUAGGAAUUUGGAAGCCCAAGAACUGGCCCGCAUAGCUGGGAAAGUCCCUGGCCUUCAGAAUGAACAAAAACGAUUUCAGUUGGAAGAACUGAGAAAAUUUGGGGCCCAGUUUAAGCUUCAACCUAGUAGCUCCCCUGAGACGGGCCUGGAUCCAUUUCCUUCCCGGAUCUUGAAAGAAGAGGCCAAAGGAAAGGAGAAAGAGGUGGAUGGUCUAUUGACUUCAGAUCCUAUGGGAUCCCCAGUCUCCUCUAAGACAGAAUCCAUAUUGGAUAAGGAAGACAAAGUGCCCAUGGCAGGAGUAGGAGGGACUGAGGGGCCAGAGCAGCUCCCAGCACCUUGUCCCAGCCAAACCGGCAGUCCUCCAGUGGGCCUCAUCAAGGGGGAUGAGAAAGAGGAGGGCCCUGUUACUGAACAAGUGAAGAAGUCUACUUUGAACCCCAACGCCAAGGAGUUCAAUCCAACAAAACCUCUGCUGUCUGUGAACAAAUCUACCAGUACUCCAACUUCACCAGGGCCCCGUACUCAUUCAACACCUUCUAUACCGGUGCUGACAGCAGGCCAGAGUGGGCUCUACAGUCCCCAGUACAUCUCAUAUAUACCUCAGAUCCACAUGGGACCAGCUGUACAGGCGCCUCAGAUGUAUCCAUAUCCUGUAUCCAAUUCCGUGCCUGGGCAGCAGGGCAAGUACCGGGGUGCAAAAGGCUCACUUCCUCCUCAGCGCUCUGACCAACACCAACCAGCCUCAGCCCCUCCAAUGAUGCAGGCUGCUGCUGCUGCUGCUGGCCCACCCCUGGUGGCUGCCACACCCUAUUCCUCCUACAUCCCCUACAACCCACAGCAGUUCCCAGGCCAGCCUGCCAUGAUGCAGCCCAUGGCACACUACCCUUCACAGCCGGUGUUCGCCCCUAUGCUUCAAAGUAAUCCACGAAUGUUGACAUCGGGAAGCCAUCCCCAGGCCAUCGUGUCGUCCUCCACUCCUCAGUACCCUGCUGCAGAGCAGCCUACCCCCCAAGCCCUCUAUGCCACUGUUCACCAAUCCUAUCCACACCAUGCCACGCAGCUCCAUGGCCACCAGCCGCAGCCGGCCACCACACCUACUGGGAGCCAGCCACAAUCCCAGCAUGCGGCCCCCAGUCCCGUUCAGCACCAGGCGGGGCAGGCCCCUCACCUGGGCAGUGGACAGCCACAGCAGAAUCUGUACCAUCCAGGGGCCCUAACAGGCACGCCACCUUCUCUACCACCGGGACCUUCUGCCCAGUCCCCUCAAAGCAGCUUCCCCCAGCCAGCUGCUGUGUAUGCCAUCCAUCCCCACCAGCAGCUGCCCCACGGCUUCACCAACAUGGCCCAUGUUACCCAGGCCCAUGUCCAAACUGGAGUCACAGCAGCCCCGCCCCCACACCCUGGGGCUCCCCACCCGCCCCAGGUGAUGCUGCUGCACCCCCCCCAGGGCCAUGGGGGGCCCCCCCAAGGCGCGGUGCCCCCGAGUGGGGUGCCUGCACUCUCAGCUUCCACACCCUCACCCUACCCCUACAUCGGACACCCCCAAGGUGAGCAGCCUGGCCAGGCGCCUGGAUUUCCAGGAGGAGCCGAUGACAGGAUUCUAUGUAGGGUGGGCAGAAGCCACAGUCGCCGCCGCCAGGGGCUUGCUCCUGGCUCUGUCCUUUGCUUCCCUCCGUCCUCGCUCAGUUGUGAUCCAGCAGCCCCCCUCCCCACUGCCUCCCCAGCUCUCAGUGACCCCGACUGUCUCCUGACUUAGCCGAGGUAAGGUCAGCGCAGCAGACAGGGCCAGACUGGGGCGUGGGGGGCUGAGCUGGGCAACUGAGUAAGGGCUCUGGCCUACUGGGAAACAGCGAUUGACCUGUGCUUCUGACAGUCCCCUGAGACUCCUCGAGGAGGCCGCUCCUCCCCACACCCCUCACCCCCUGGACGCAUUGACAGAGGGACAGCUGCUCGGGUUCUAAUGCUCCUGCUCUCUCUCUUUCCCCUCCAACCAGUUCAAUCUCAUCCCUCCCAGCAGCUCCCCUUCCACCCCCCGGGGAACUGAAGAUUGUCCUGGCCGCGACCUGAGACCUCCAUGAGUGGAGGGAAGAGUGAUCUAUGUCUCUUCCCCCCAGCAGCUGGGACCAGUCCUAGCCCCGUCCCCAACCCCUUUCCCUUGGGGAGUUGGGGGAAUUCCUGCCAAGCACCUUGAAUGGGAGGGGUCCUUCAAGUGGGCCGGGCUGGGGUCCAACGGGGGUGGGGGAGGUUCCUGCUCUGCCCCAGCUGGGUCCUACCCAGUCUUGUCCUCCCAUCCUCUCAUCUAUUCCCCCCCGCCCCCUGGAGACGGAAGAUCUUUUAUUUUCUAUUAUUUAUAACCUCAGACUUGGGCCCCCUGUUCUUCUCCAUUAACUUGAGUGUUCUGUGUGAGACCAACAGACAGAUGCCUCAAGGACUUUUACUUUUUAUUACAUAAAAAAAUUAAAAAAAAAUAAAAUAAAAAAAUAAAAUUUUAAACUAACUUAA